AUUUGUCAAGGCUUGCUUUGUGACCCAAGAUAUAAUCUAUCCUGGAGAAUGUUCCAUGAGCACCUGAGAAGAAAGUAUAUUCUGUUGUUUUUGGAUGGAAUGUCCUAUAAAUAUCAACACAUGCAAAUGACAGUCCAGGCUCUCCACGAUGAAUUGCGGAUCCAGAGGGACCUGAACCAGCUGUUUGAACAGGAUAGUAACAGUAGGACUGGUGAGCCUUGCGUGGCAGAGCUGACGGAGGAGAACUUUCAGAGGCUGCACACUGAGCAUGAGCGGCAGGCCAAGGAGCUGUUCCUCCUUCGAAAGACUCUGGAGGAGAUGGAGCUGCGGAUUGAGACUCAGAAGCAAACCCUGAACGCUCGGGACGAAUACAAGAAGCUUCUGGAGAUGUUGCAGAGCAAGGGGCUUUCUGCUAAGGCUACUGAGGAGGACCAUGAGAGAACAAGGAGACUGGCAGAGGCAGAGAUGCAUGUCCACCACCUCAAAAGCCCUUUGGAGCAGAAGGAAAAAGAGAACACUCUGUUGAGAGAGGAGAUGCAUCGGAGAUUUGAGAAUGCCCCUGAUUCUGCCAAAACUAAAGCUCUGCAAACUGUUAUCGAAAUGAAGGAUUCAAAAAUUUCCUCUAUGGAGCGUGGGCUCCGAGACUUGGAAGAGGAGAUUCAGAUGCUGAAAUCGAACGGGGCUUUGAGUACUGAAGAACGAGAGGAAGAAAUGAGGCAAAUGGAGGUCUAUCGGAGCCAUUCUAAAUUUAUGAAAAACAAGAUUGGUCAGGUGAAGCAGGAGCUGUCCAGAAAGGACACAGAACUACUAGCCCUACAGACAAAGCUAGAAACACUCACCAACCAGUUCUCAGACAGCAAGCAACACACUGAAGUGCUGAAGGAGUCCUUGACUGCUAAGGAGUCGAGGGCUGCCAUCCUGCAGAACGAGGUGGAUGCUCUGCGGUUGCGUUUGGAAGAGAAGGAAACCAUGCUGAAUAAGAAGACAAAACAAAUCCAGGACAUGGCUGAGGAGAAGGGGACACAAGCUGGGGAGAUCCAUGACCUCAAGGACAUGCUGGAUGUGAAGGAGCGGAAAGUUAAUGUCCUUCAGAAGAAGGUGGAGGAGUUACUGAUGGCCAUGGAGAAGGUAAAACAGGAGCUGGAGUCCAUGAAGGCGACGCUGUCCUGCACUCAGCAGUCACUGGCAGAGAAGGAAACUCAUGUGACCAACCUUCGGGCCGAGAGAAGAAAACACUUAGAGGAAGUUCUGGAGAUGAAGAGAAUCUUGGUACCAGGACCGCAGAAUGAAGAACUUGGAGUCCCCGUGGCUAAUCCAGCGGAGGGAAAAGGAGAAACACAGACGGGAGAGAAAAUAAAGGGAACCCUUGGUGCUGCUGCAGGCCCAAGUCCAGACUCGCAGGCUUUCUGGACCUCUGAGGAACAGAAGCACUUCACAGAACCUCUGCUACAGAACCAAACAUAUUGAAAUGACUCUUUACGAAGAUAUUGAAACAACAGAAAAAGAAGACAUGACGAUUGUUUCUCCUGAGGGUUCAGUUACCUAGGGGGCCUUUAGCAAACUUUGAUUGAUACAUCUAACCCUUCCUUCCUUGGCAAUAGUUGAUCACACUGUGAGGAAAACAAAUUAGAGAAUGGAAAAAAUAAUAUUUGGAUUUCAACGAAAUAAUAAAAAUGCAGGGAGUAUCUUUGACUUUUGCAAGGUGAGAAGAGAGUUUACAUUUUGAUUAUUUGAUGGCAGGAAUCCCUUUUAAAACAGGGCCAGUCUGCAUGAUGCAUUGAAAAAUCAACCUUUUCAAAUAUAGCCAUAACCCCCACAAGAUUUCUUGAUUCCUCUGGGGUCAGAUAAACCAUCACAUUUCACAGUGGUGCCCUGUACAUGAAAGUGAUAAACAUAAUCUGGAAGCACAGCAGUGGCUAAAAAUAUGGAGCUGGCAGCCAUUCGCUGAAAUGAUUUUUUGCUUUUAAUUCAUUGCAUAAAAUGCUCAUGUCCAAAUUCAGGCAGGUAGAUCUUACCAACCAUCAAGAGCUUCAACCCUGCUAACAGUUAAGUAUGCACUUUUAAACCCUACUUUGACUGCUCCAGAAACUUACUGGGUUUCUUCAGUGCCUCUGUUACUAUUUCCUUUGUGUCAUUUUGUUUUUCUUUCAAAACAUAGCUGUGUGACCUUGGGGAAGUUAUAUUAUUUCCUUGAGACUUGGUUGCCUUCUCUGUGAAUAUCUGGGUAUAAUUUUAGUAUUGCCCAAUAGAAUUUUCAGUGAUAAUGAAAAUAUUCUACAUCUGUACCGUGCAAUGCAGUACUCAAUAGCUACAUGGAGCUAAUAAACAUCUUUGAAAUAUGGCAAAUGCAACUGAGGAACUGAAUUUUUAAUCUUAUUUUUAAAUUUGUUUAAAUAUAAAUAAUGCCACGUGGCUAGCAUCUGUUGACAGUACAGAUCUACACAAUAUUUUAAGGACACUUUCCACUCAAAAACUCUACCAUUCAUUAACUCAGCCUAAAUAUUUUUGCCCUCUGACAAACAGAAAAUAAUUUAUGCUUCCCUUGAAAUUAUCUGUCAAGACCUUUAUCAGUUUGGGGUCAUUCUAUUCUUAAAAUUGACUUUGCUUUAUGAAACUUUAAUAAUGUUGGAGUUUCCUGCCCUUGGUACCACCUUUGUGAUGAUGGGAAAUAUUGUGGAUGAUCAAGGACCAUUUCAAGAGAUCAUGGAGAGAAACCUCCUCCUGGAUUUAAUUUCAUGAUGAGGAUGUCAAAAUGCUGAAUUACUUAAAAUAAAACCCAUACCGUUUUUAUGCUAAGUUAUAUUCUACAUGUAGCUGGAAAAAUGUUAAAAAUAUUUUUAAAGAACUGCACAUCUAUUUUUGAAGCUGAUUUGGCUGUUCAAGGCUUGCUAGCACUUCAUCCAUCUCAGUACUAUUUCACUUCGUAAACAAAUGCAGUUGCCAUAAUUGCUGCAUAUGUGUCUGUGUGUGUUCCCUUCUAGGUGAUAUGUUUUUGAAGUUGGAAACUAUACUUAUAUCACAGCCCCUAUGUAGAGCACAAUAUCCAUUGCUAAUUCAGAUUGUGUUUUAAGAUAUGAGACAGAAUUUAAGACUUUUAUUAUAGUCAUAAACAUCUAGCAAACCAACCAGAAAAUAAAAGCUAAUUUUCAAUUGGUUGGCCAAGAACAAAAAAGAGAGGAAUACCUAGUGCAAAACCGUAUCUCUAAUAACUACUGUUGGAUUUAGAGCACACACAUGCUAAUAAACUUAUUUUAAAAUAACUUCUUAUCAAAGAUUUGAGGUUGGACCUGAAAAAUUAUAUCAGAAGUGAAAGUAAUCAUGUGGUCUGACCAGCCUGGAUCACACAAAGUAAGUGUAUACUAUAUAUAAAAUAGAUAAAACUACGAGGUCCUACUGUAUAGCGCAGGCAACUAUAUUCAGUACCUUGUAAUAACCUAUAAUGGAAAAGGAUCUGAAAAAGAAAUACAUAUAUCUGAAUCACUUGGCUGUACACCUGAAACAACAUUGUCAAUCAACUAUACUUCAAGUAAAACAAAACAAAACAAAGUAAGUGUAAAGGGAAGUAUAGUUUUAUAAAUUCACCUCUGAUAUCCAAUGGACCAACUGAAAGACAACAGAAACUACCACUUUCUAGGAGACAGGACACGGCCAGCAAACUAGGCCGUUACCCUCGGUAACGGUCAUACCUGCCAAAAAAUAGACAGACUAGCCUGCAUUCAUGAAUACAUAGGAAUUCUUCAUUUAUCUGGCAUUAUCAGGCAAUGAGGUAUUGUAUGUUAGGAGAAGUUUUUUUUAAAUGACGAAUUUAAGAGGAGUUAUUUUAACCUUCACUCGGUAAUUUUUUUCUAAAAUUAAGAAAUGUAUCCACUGGUGUAUCUAAUAUUUCCUUGAUAACUCGGGGUCAUCAGUUCAAUCAACAUUUGCAUGAAUAAUGCGAAUGGAAGCAAGACAGGCAUGCUUACUGAAACUGAAAAUGACAUAGCACUGGCUGGAAUAACUGAUGAGACAGCAAGAAAAAAACAAAAAUGAAAACAAACCGUGCUCAA